UAUACCUCAACUUAUAAAUUACACUCAAAGAUGAAAUAACAACCAGUCGCAUAAAAAUUCAGACCAUUCCCAAAUCAAAAUUCAGAGCAUUCCCAAAUCAAAAUCCAGAGCAUUCCCACAAAAAAUCCAGAGCAUUCCCACAAAAAAUCCAGAGCAUUCCUGCAGAAAAUCCAGAGCAUUCCCAAAUCAAUCUAAAAUCCAGAGCAUUCUCACGUAGAAAUUCAGAGCAUUCCCACGGAAAAUUCAGAGCAUUCCCACAUAAAAUUCAGAACUUUCCCACACAAAACAAACCAGAAGAGAAGAAUGGCGGAAUCCCCAAUUGAAAUCAGGGAACCCCUAAUUCACGAAGAGAAAGAAGAAGAAAAAUCAAAGAAAAGGGACUGGAACGAUAUAGAACAGAGAAAAAGCGUGAUACAGAGAGCAAUCCACCAAACAUUCAAGAGCACGGCCCAUUUGGCCAACCUGCUUCCCACAGGGACAGUCCUGGCAUUCCAAGUGCUCUGCCCGCUCUUCUCCAAUAGCGGCCAUUGCGACGCCGCCAGCCGUCUAUUGACAGAAAUUCUUCUUCUUCUGUGCGGGAUUUCGUGCUUUCUAGUCUCUUUCACCGACAGUUUUAAGGGACCUGAUGGGAAUAUUUACUACGGUGUGGCGACUCCCAGAGGGCUCUGGACUUUUGAUUAUGUGGGCGGUGGCGUUGUUGAUCAGGGCAAAUACAGAGUGAGGUUUAUUGAUUUUGGGCAUGCUAUUAUGUCUGCCAUGGUGUUUGCUGCUGUGGCUCUGCUGGACCAGAAUGUUGUGAAUUGUUUGUAUCCUUCGGCUCAGGGUGAGACAAAGGAAGUUCUGGAUGUGCUUCCUGUGGGAAUUGGAGCAUUUGCCAGUCUUUUGUUUGUUGCCUUUCCUACCACCCGCCAUGGCAUAGGAUUCCCUAUUACUGCAGAUCAUUAGCAGACAUGACAUGCCCACAUUCUGCAUCAGUUUGUUCUCAUCAGAAAUAAUUUGUUGAAUAAGUUGUUGUUACCUGGUAUUUGCCUCUGCACAAAAUAGUUUGUUCAUAGAACUUUUUAAAAUAUCUGUAUAUUAAUAUGAUAGCAAAGUAUUCACAAUUCAUAAUCGUGUUUAAUAUUGUUUUUGAA